CCAUGCUCAUCACACGAAUAAAUCCCCUUACCAGGAUUUGAACCCGGGACCAUCAGCUUCGUAGGCAGGGUCACUACCCACUAGGCCAAACCGGUCGUCUCAGAAUUAAGUACUUAUACUUCUUGAUUGCCUCUUAACAACUUCUCUAGUAAAGUUGUCUAUACCUCAGAAUAGAUUGUUUUUUCAUUUAUAUAUUUUUCCAACAAUUCUCACACGUUUUCACAAACUUAUUUAACUUGCAAUAUGUUCUAUUGUAUGUAAAAUGGACCCGGGUAUGUCCUUAAACUACGUCCACAAGAGAGGUAUGGGCAUUGUGAAUGUCAUCUCGCUCUGUGUGGUAGGGCACAGCACAGCGGAUGUCAUUCCAGAUCUAGAACAGAGCCCAACUGGGGAAGUACCUCCACCUUACAGAAAAUCGCAGCCAAAUAACACUAGACCCUACUCAUAGUGUUGUGUUUCUGCCGGUGAGUAAGGUUGCCAGAGCUCAACGAGGGUGGGAGGGGGUUAGGGUCGGCAACGCGCAUGUAACUCCUCUGGAGUUGCAAGCGUAGAUACGCUACGGAUACUGCUUACCAUCAGGCAGGCCGUAUGCUUCAAAGAGCAUAUAAUCACUACGUAUGCUUGUUUGCCACCGACGUAGUAUAAAAAAAAUAAUAAUAAUAAUUUUCUCACGGGUGCACGCGGUAUAGCACAUCCAUACGAUCGUACCAUCUAUGAAUUCGCACGUCGUGUCGCUCCGAUGUGCGAGUGGGAUGUCGCUAUAAUACUCGCAUAGUAGACAGAAGAGAAGCAUCCCAGCCAUGUAAUUGGGAUCUAAUAAGCGCUUAUGUAAUAUGUUGAAUUUUCAGGGAUGGUUCUUAAAUACGUGAGCCGGCUUAAAAAGUUAAUAGAGGUUUAUCACGUUUAAAUUGAAAAUGUGUAUGUGUGUGCGAAAUGUGUUCCAGGCAUUAUAGUGCUAAUAGGCGGGCGAACCAGACCGCGACCUUGGUCUGGUCCGCAUAUCUCCUCGCUCUCACUCAUAGCUGCGGACGUAUAGCAAAUAGCGAUUAAAUAUGCCUCGGACCGUGCCAAGGUCGUGGCUGGGUAUGCCUAUUUGAUGCCUAUGGACCAAAGAAUACAAUACUCACUAGGCUAUGGAUCAACUAUGAACCCAAAUAAAAACUACCACACAACACACGAAAACUAUUUUGAAACUUACUACUUAGCAUAGCAACACUAAAACUACUGUCAAAAUUAUCAAACAUGAAAUCAAUUCGAAGCGAGUUUGUAUAAACAAUCAAUCAUAUUUACAUAGUUUUUUAAAUAAAUAACACGACCUUUCUGUUAUAAAUCCAGUGCUACGUGUGGUUUAUUUAUAAAUGACCCUUGGACGUAAAUACCAGCAGCCCUCCGGGAAUGCUGGGGACGCUCGUAAGGUCUAUGCUAGCCAGUCGAAGGUCGGCACUCUCUCGGGCUGCUCAUCUUCAAUAUCACUGUGCGAUAUGAUCGAGCCACCAGACUAUGAGGAGGUGGCGGACAGGCUCAUGGGGCCCCGGGACCCCCUGGCCUAUCCCCCACACGACAUGGAGCUGUGCACGGUGCCCCGGCGCAUACGGACUGUCACACACGUGCUACCUGACGAGGAUCUGAGCAAAGCGCCGAUGUUCGUCCGCGACUGCAUCCGCACGUACACGUCCGACUACAACGUGGUGGAGCACAAGCACCGGCAGCACUCGGGCUCCACGCUCGGCCGCGAGCGGCUCGGCGCGCGCCUCGAGCGGCUGGCCUCCGCGCCGCGCCAGCUGUACGAGGUCGACGAGGACCAGGUCCCAGAAUCCCAGCCAUCAAGCGGACGGCAAUCUGUAGCAUCAAUAUCAUCAUCAUCUUCGUGCAACGAGACCCUGACCCCGCGCGGGUCCUGGGCCAGCCUGGACCUCCGCAGCUCGUCCUCGGACCCCCUGCUGCCGGACCUCUUCGAGAGGCGCCCGCCGGAGCAGCAGGACGCCAUCAACGAGGCUCGGAGACUGGAAAACCGUCAAGCGGAUUUGCUCGGCCUGUACUCGCCUUACUUGGACGAGGAGGAGGCAGUCGAGAGGCGCCUCGCCGCCGAGAUGCCAAGCGAAGUCGUGGGACACAGGGUACUCGUGCACUGCCACCAGCUCAAGCUUGAACUGGACGUUGAGCCUCUCUUCGCCUCCAUGGCCCUCUACGACGCCAAAGAAAAGAAGAAGCUAUCCGAAAACUUCUAUUUCAACCUCAACUCCGACUGCACCCGCCAAAUGCUGUCCGCACAUGUACCCCACGCUGAUCUCAGCACUAUGAGUCGAAGCGCUGUGUUCGAUAUUAUGAACCCUUCAGCUGAUGUGUUCCUGGUCGUUCGAGUGGAGAAAGUGCUUCAAGGAGAUGUUAAUGAAUGCGUGGAACCUUAUAUUAAGGACGAUAAGAAUCGGGAGAAAGUCCGCGCCGGGGCUCAAGCGGCCUGCUCUCGUCUCGGAAAAUACAGGAUGCCACUAGCAUGGAGUGCUGUCUCACUGCUCAACAUACUGAGUGGCAGCGACCGGGACGAACGGGACACCGGCACCAAUACCAACAGCUUAGAUCGGAAAGCAUCUUCGAGCAGUUUAGAGCAACUGCGCCGCCGAGCCGGCGAAGUAGGCGGCUCCCUCACCCGCAAGGGCUCCGUGGAGCGCCGCGCGCCGCCCGCCGACGAGCUGGCGCCGCAGCUCGACGCCAUGAAGCCCGUCUCCAUCACCGUCACCAGCUUCUUCAAGCAGGAAACAGACAAACUCCGCGACGAAGACCUAUACAAGUUCUUAGCCGAGAUCAAACGGCCCAGCUCCGCGCCAAAGAAGCUCAAAUGUAUCCCCGGUGUACUGAAGAUAGAAGUCGCCCCUUGUCCGGAGGAAAUCAAGAACGGACUUACACCAGAGCUCGCCAAGCUGCAGCCUUAUGGAGACGAAAAUGUCCGCCCGACCAAGGAAGUCCUCCCGUUCCCGAUCCACCCUGUAGCGGCGCCGCACCUACAGUACCGCAACCUGAUGUACGUGAACGUGCGCGAGGUCAACCUCAACGCCUACACGUCCCGCGCCGGCUCCGCUAGAAAUAUCACCGUUCGAGUCCAGCUAAUGUCAGGCGAGCAGCAAGCGAGCGCGCUGCCGGCGAUAUUCGGGCGCAGCUCCUGCCCCGAGUUCACGAGCGAGGCGUUCACCACCGUGCUGUACCACAACAAAAAUCCGUCCCUCUACGAUGAGAUCAAGAUCAAGCUACCAGCAGACCUGGGCGACCAACAUCACCUACUGUUUACUUUCCUGCACAUAUCCUGUCAGAGGAAACCGGUCGCUCCUGAACAGGAGAAGAACGUCGAAACUGUCGUCGGUUAUUCUUGGCUCCCUCUAUGCCGCAACGGCAAGUUGACGUGCGGCGAGUUCAACCUGCCCGUCAUGCAAGAGGAACCCCCUCCUAAUUAUUCGUACAUCUUUCCUGAUGUGCUACUCCCUGGGACCAGAUGGAUCGACAACCACAAGCCGAUAUUCAGCGUCACCCUGGACGCGCACACCACCGUCCAUCCUUUGGACAACUACAUCGAGCGUUUCGCAGUGGCCUGCGAGGCUGUGCAAGAAGGCAAUAUCCCCACGAGGAUAGGACUGGCCAACAUGGAGGCCGAACUGAGAGCGAGCAUAUCGGAGCUGCCGACGGCCAACGUGGAGAUCCUGUCCCGCUACCUGCCCUACGUGCUCGACAAGCUCCUACACCUGCUAGUGGCGCCGCCAUCGCUAGCGGGCGCCCCGCUCAACAUAGCGCAGGACGUGUUCACCUGUCUGGCGAACGUGUUCACGGACGUGUGUAACAUGAACGAGGGUGUGACCUGCGACCCGCACGGCCGCAGCAGCCUCAUCACAGCGUACAUCCAGUACCAGUGCACCAUCCCGCGGCCCUCGCUGGCCGACAGGGACAUAGGCCUGCCCCUGCCGCCCGCGGUGAUGAGCGACGGUUCCUGUAAGAUCCUACACGAGGAGCUGGCGCUGCAGUGGGUCGUCGCCAGCGGCGCCACCAGAGACCUCGCGAUGCAUAACUCUUGGGCUCUGUUCGAGUUGAUGAUAAAGUCCAUGUGCGAGUAUCUGUACUGGAGCGGGGCUCAUGAGGCUCCUCGGAAAGCUCGCUUCCCUGACCAGUUCACUGACGACAUCACUACUCUGGUCAAUAACGUUACCACGGAAAUUAUUUCAAGAUACGGUAAAAACAGUCGUCUCACCCAAAGCCUGAACAACAGCCUGGCGUUCUUCCUGUUCGAUCUGCUCAACAUUGCGGACCGAGGUUAUGUGUUCAACCUGAUCCGCAGCUACCACAAGCAGAUGAGCGCCAAGAUAGCCUCACUACCUGACGCGGUGCCUCUCGUGCAGUAUAAGCUGGCGUUCCUCCGCAUAAUCUGCUCGCACGAGCACUACGUGGCCCUCAACCUGCCCGUCGGGUCCGGGUCCGGCGCGGCCUCCCCCGCGCCCUCCGUGCACUCGCACGCCUCGCACUCGUCGGCCCCGCCGCCCCACGCGCUCACACACGAGCACCGCUCGCGGCACUACCUCGCGGGGCUGCUGCUGCACGACCUGACCGGCGCGCUGGAGCUGCAGAGUCCGGUCCUCCAAUGCGCCGCCGUGAACGCCCUCCUGUCCCUCCUGACGGCGCACGACGCCGACCCGCGCCUCGCGGCGCCGGAGCUGCGCGCGCGGGUGGCGCAGCUGUACAUGCCUCUGUUGGGCAUCGUGCUCGACGCCGCGCCUAUGCUGAGCCGCUCUGCCGGGGCUAGAGAUGUAAUGCAAUUUGACGGCGAAAUGGGUCAAUUCAACAACCUGUACAACCCGUCAGCUAGCGAUCCAGACAACAAACAGACCGGUCGGCCGCCAUUCAACAGCGAGACCCACCGCAACCUGCUCAUGUGCCUCGUGUGGCUGCUCAAGAGCUGCUCCCGCGCCGCGCUGGCGCAGUGCUGCGCCGAGCUGCCGCCCGCCCGCCUGCCGGCCUUGCUGCACUUGCUGCAUCUGUGCUUCAUCGCGCACGAGUACAAGGGUCGCAAGGAGCUCCUCAAAUGCCAGCAGCAGAACGUGCGCAAGACGACCGACAUCAAGGCUAAGCUGGAGGAUGUCAUCUUGGGGCAGGGAUCUGCGCGCUCCGACUUUAUUAUGAGGCGGAAAGGCGGCUCAUCAGCGGUCCCGGGGCGGCGCGAGCGCUGGCGCAAGGACUGGCGCGGCGCGCGCGACGCGCCCCCCUCCCCGCUGGCCCCGCACCCCGCGCUGCCCGCCGCGCUCGCCGCCGAGGUGUCGCUCACGCUGCUGCACGCGCUCGAGACCAUCGUGCAGUCGUGCAGUAACCUGGAAUCGGGGCAAGCUGUGUGCAGCGCGGCGCUGCAGGUCGUGUUGCGCGCCAUGCAGCGCAACCAGAGCGCGACCGUGUUGCAGCAUAUGUUCGCUACAGUUCGCUCGCUGAUUGUCAAGCUGGGCUGGUCGUGCUGCGGCGAGGAGUCGGGCAUCUGCCGCGUGCUGCUGCGGCACUGCGCCGCGCUGUGCCCCGCCACGCGCGCGCACGCGGCCGCCGCUCUGUACGCGCUCAUGCGCCACCACUAUCAGCUCGGCAACAACUUCAGCCGCGUGAAGAUGCAAGUGACGAUGUCGCUGUCGUCCCUCGUGGGCACGUCCACCACGUUCAGCGAGGAGUCGCUGCGGCGCGCGCUCAAGACCAUCCUGGUGUACGCCGAGCGGGACCCCGACCUGCAGCAGACCAGCUUCCCUGAACAGGUGAAGGACCUCGUGUUCAACCUACACAUGAUCCUGUCCGAUACGGUGAAGAUGAAGGAGUUCCAAGAGGACCCGGAGAUGCUGCUGGACCUCAUGCACCGCAUCGCGCGAGGGUACCAGCACAGCCCGGACCUCAGGCUCACGUGGCUCAACAACAUGGCGCAGAAACAUAUGGAGCGUUCGAACCACACCGAGGCGGGCAUGUGCCUGGUGCACGGCGCGGCGCUCGUGGCGGAGCAGAUGAACGCGCGCGGCCGCGGCGCCGCGCUGCUGGAGAGGGUCACGCACAACGCGCUCGACGAGUCCUGCGCCGACACGCUGCACCACCACCUCACGCACCACGAGCUGCAGGCGUUGCUGGAGCAUGCCGCGAGUGAACUGAUGACGGCGGGGAUGUACGAAGCCGUCAACGAAGUGUACAAGGUGCUCAUACCCAUUGCUGAAGAACACCGCGACUAUAAGAAGCUCGCUAAUAUACACGGAAAACUAAACGAAGCGUUCACCCGCAUCGACCAGCUACACGGCAAGCGCGUCUUCGGCACCUACUUCAGAGUGUCCUUCUACGGCGCUCUGUUCGGCGACCUGCACGGCGAGGAGUUCAUCUACAAGGAGCACGCGCUUACCAAGCUGCCCGAGAUAUUCAGCAGGCUAGAGAACUUCUACGGGCAGCGGUUUGGUGUGGAAAACGUGGUGAUAAUAAAGGACAGCAAUAUCGUGGACCCUACGACGUUACCGGCAGAUAAGGCUCACAUUCAGAUCACAUACGUGGAGCCCUACUUCGAGCCCCACGAGCUACGCACGCGGACCACACACUCGGAGAGGAACUAUAACAUCAAGCGGUUCAUGUACGCGACUCCGUUCACUGUGGGCGGGCGUGCACACGGCGACAUCGCGGAGCAGUGCAAGCGCAAGACCAUCCUCACCACCGCGCACCACUUCCCCUACGUCAAGACACGCAUACAGGUGGUUGCUAGAACACAGAUCAUCCUCACGCCGAUCGAAGUGGCCAUUGAAGAUAUUCAAAAGAAGAUAAACGAGCUGGCCGCGGCCACGAGCCAGGAGCCGGCCGACCCGAAGAUCCUGCAGAUGGUGGUGCAGGGCUGCAUCGGCACCACCGUCAACCAGGGCCCGCUCGAGCUCGCGCAGGUGUUUUUGGCGCCGGUGGCUGACGGCUCGCAGCCGCCGACGAGAUUAACCAACAAGCUGAGAUUGGCCUUCAAGGAUUUCUCCAAAAAAUGUCACGACGCCCUGAAGAAGAACAAGAACCUGAUCGGCAGCGACCAGCGCGAGUACCAGCGCGAGCUGGAGCGGAACUACGCGCGCUUCGCCGAGCGCCUCGCGCCGCUCGUGCUGCCCGCGCACUCGCACGCGGCGCAGCUCAGUAAUGGCGUCAGCAAGCCCGACUACAAGCUACAGGCAUAACUUAUGGAUUCAACUAAUCGUCUGCAUUGCUGUGAGUAGUGUAACAACAUUCCAUUCUACAGUCGCUAUUAGAUCCAACCAAUCCAACCAACCAACGACCAACCAUCAUCAACUACCAACCAAGAAACAAGCGACUAAAAAUAUCUGAACACGCUUCUGUUGUCAAGGUGUUAGACGAGUGCGUGUUCAGAUAUUUUUGUGUACUUCGGCCGCUCCGAUAUGUCUAAUUACGACUAUACAAGACGAGCAACCAGUGCAAUACGAUCCUACGAGUAUAAAGUAAUUCAUACACUGACACUGAGAUUUGCACGCCCUGCUUGGGAACGUAUAAGUUAUCCCACGUGUUUUAUUAACCUGUCGUCUACCAAACUGUAAAAAAAAAACCUCU